AUGAACCUUAUACCAUUUAAUUUAUAAUCGAGUAAAAAUAAAUUGAAAGUUUAAGUAUUCUCGUACGGCCAAACAAAUAAUACAAAUUUUACCCUGAAUUUAUACAUUCAAAUGUUUAUCAAAUGCGAAGAUUUAUAGCGCAAAGUACUUGCGAUGCAAGCAAAUUCAGCAGCAGAAAACCAGCUAUUGUAUAAAAUGCGGUUUUACUAAAAAGAAUAUAACUAGCCCGCUGAUAAUCUAGAAAACAUUGACUAAUUGCAAAAUAUAAAAGUAAAAAGAGCAAACAAGGAAAAGGCGUGGUAGAGAGAGUGUAAGAGCUGGGUAAGCUGGAGCAUGAGAGACAGCUAUGCCUUCGGUACGCCCUGGUAGUCUUAAAGAUCCGGAAAUAGCCGAUCUAUUCAACAAGCAUGAUCCGGAGAAGAUUUUUGAGGAUUUGCGGGAGAUCGGCCAUGGAUCGUUUGGUGCCGUUUAUUAUGCCCGCUGCAAUCUCACCAAGGAGAUUGUGGCUAUCAAGAAGAUGUCGUAUACGGGUAAACAGAGUCAAGAGAAGUGGCAGGACAUACUCAAAGAGAUUCGUUUCCUACGUCAAUUAAAUCAUCCCAAUACUAUUGAGUACAAAGGCUGCUACCUACGCGAGUCGACCGCCUGGCUAGUGAUGGAGUACUGUGUGGGUUCCGCCUCGGAUAUAAUCGAGGUGCACAAGAAACCUCUACACGAGGACGAAAUCGCCGCCAUCUGUCUGGGUGUACUCAGUGGCUUGAGUUAUUUACACUCCCUUGGUCGCAUCCACCGUGACAUAAAGGCUGGAAACAUUCUACUUACAGACAACGGUAUCGUCAAACUGGCUGACUUCGGUAGUGCGGCCAUCAAGUGCCCUGCUAACAGCUUCGUCGGUACUCCCUAUUGGAUGGCUCCCGAGGUUAUACUGGCUAUGGACGAAGGCCAGUACGAUGGCAAGGUGGAUGUGUGGUCAUUGGGCAUCACCUGCAUUGAGUUGGCUGAACGAAAGCCGCCCUACUUUAACAUGAACGCCAUGUCCGCACUCUAUCACAUUGCUCAAAAUGAGUCGCCGAUGCUUCCGAAGAAUGACUGGUCAGAUGCGUUCUGUAGAUUUGUCGAGCUAUGCCUCAAAAAGAUGCCUGUCGAGCGUCCUUCUUCGGAAGAGCUCUUAAUGCAUGAGUAUGUUACACGACCGCGCUCAGAUACGGUCCUGUUAGAACUAAUAGCUCGCACCAAGUCAGCCGUGCGCGAAUUGGAUAACCUCAACUACCGCAAGAUGAAAAAGAUACUCAUGGUGGACACGUGCGAGACAGAGAGUGCCAUGGGCGAUGCCGAUGACCAACAGGACGAUCAUGUCGGCGGAGACAGCAGCAAGAGCAAUAGUAUUACUUCGGAACACUCCAUACACUCUGUUGGUGUAUCGGCAGCAAGUAGCCAGAGUUCAUCAUCAAAUUCCAUACCGGCUGCGGCACAGAAUCAUCACCAUAUAGCUGCUCACCAUCAGCGGCAAGCUGCUGCUGCCGUGGCAGUUGCCAUGCAUCAUCACUAUCAUUUACAACAGGCGCAGCCCAGCAGGCCAAGUGGUGGCGGCGGACAGCAGCAGGUGGUUCCAGGCAGCGCAGCUUCGCGGCAUCGUAAUCGACCGCCGUUGCCAAACAUCAUGCACAGCAUGAACAAUAAUGUGACGCCAACGAACUCGGCAUCUGUGGUGCCAGCGCCUGUCCCGGCUAUAUCCGUGAUCACACAUCUAAGCGGAAUAGGUCAUGGCACAGGAGGCAGCAGUGGAGGGCUGCUGGCCUCCGGCCCUGGCGCUGAUCGUUUGCCACCCAUAGUAUGUCAGCCGCGCUAUCUGACAACUCCUGCCGCCCAGGCAGCCGUUUACGCUGCCUCUUCGGCCUCCUCGCACCAUGCCAUCUCCAAUGCAGUCAACGAACACGGCCCCAAUAACUUUGCCACCAUACGCACCACCAGCAUUGUCACCAAGCAGCAGAAAGAGCACAUGCAGGUAGGUUUUCAAGCUUUCCUUUCUUUGCAACCCCUUUCUCUCCCUAUCGUUAAAGCUUUUGAAAAAUCAAAGUCUGCAACAUAGCCAAUAUCCAUUGGA